AUGGACAUUGUUACUGUGUUGGAGAACGGGAUUUCCCCGGACGUCAACGUACGAACGGCGGCUGAGCUUCAACUCAGAGAGGCAGCACUGUCACACUUUGACCAAUAUCUUGCUUAUCUUACCGAGGCACUUACCAAUACCAAUGCUAAACCCGAGGUUCGUCAACUUGCAGCUUUGAAUUUGAAAAAUCAGCUUACGCUGAAGGACCAACGAGUUAAAGCAGGACAACAUCAGCGGUGGAUUCAGCUCGGGACUGACUUGAAGCAAAAGAUCAAGGCUGACGCUCUCGCCACACUUCAAACGCCCGAAGAGCGCGUAGGGGCGGCGGCGUCCCAACUUGUGGCUGCAAUUGCUGAGAUUGAGCUUCCUCGUAACGAGUGGCCCACUUUAAUUCCUGCCUUGUAUGAAAACACCUCAUCCACACAAGCCGAAAAUGUGCGAAAGGUUUCCCAAGCGUGUAUCGGGUACAUUUGUGAGGUUUCAGACCCCAACAAUCCUGCAAUUCUUGCUCAAUCGAAUGGAAUUCUUAUUGCUAUUUUGCAAGGGGUGCUGCAAGCUAGCGAAACGUCGACGAAGGUGCGCCUUACCGCUCUAGGAGCUCUUUUUAAUUCAUUGGAUUUCAUCCGUCAAAAUUUUGAAAAGGAAGGUGAACGUAACUAUAUCAUGCAAGUUGUGUGUGAGGCUACCCAGGCUGACUCAUCUGAGCUUCAAGCGGCUGCUUUCGGAUGUCUUGCUCGUAUCAUGCUGAAGUAUUACCAGUUCAUGAAUAUCUACAUGGAGAAGGCUCUUUAUGGGUUGACAGUUCUGGGAAUGCAGCUGGCCGAUGAACGCGUGGCAUGCAUGGCGAUUGAGUUCUGGCUGACAGUUUGCGAAGAGGAAUUGGACAUUGCUGCAAGAGCUGAAGAAGGUCAAACCACUGAGCGCCUGUUUAAUUUUGCGCUUAUUGCUCUUCUGGAAGUCUUGCCUACUAUUCUUACCUUAUUAACUCGUCAAAACGAAGAUUUCGAUGAUGAUGAUUGGUCCGUGGCCAUGGCCGCAGGUGCUUGUUUGCAGCUUUUCGCACAGGACGUGGGUGAUUAUCUUAUUGAGCCUACCCUCAAUUUUGUUGGUGCCAAUAUCACCCUGCAGAGCUGGCGUGAUCGGGAGGCUGCUGUAAUGGCGUUUGGUUCAAUUCUUGAUGGCCCACUGAAGGAAAAGUUAUCGCAAAUGAUUCAACAUAUUUUAGCGCCCAUUUUGAAUCUCAUGAGUGACGAUUCUUUGCAGGUGAAGGAAACUGUGGCGUGGUGCUUGGGGCGUAUCGCUGAUCUUUGCUUUUCCGCUAUUGAUGUUCCCACUCAUUUGGGUCCCAUUUUGCAAGCUUUGUUAAAGGGACUUGGGGACCACCCCAAGGUAGCUACCAAUUGCUGCUGGACGUUGAUCAACAUUUUGGCUGAAGUUGCACCUGAAGGUGAGCUUAUGGAGACUUCACCUAUGUCUAGCAGCUACAUGACGAUCAUUCCGGUUCUUAUGGAAUUACUGGCUCAACAAGAAAAUCAUUAUUCUCUGAGACUGGCAGCUUAUGAGGCGUUGUCGGCCUUCGUCAUUCAUCUGGCUGCUGACACUUUGGGAUUGGUUGAGCAAUUAGCCACGGAAGUUUUGGAACGACUCAAAUCGACAACUGAACUUAAGCAGCAAACCAUGCCUGAACUGGAGGCUCGAGCAAACUGCGAAGAAUUGCAGAUGAAUAUUUUGGCAUUGCUCACGAAUAUCAUUCGUCGUUUGCAAAAUCAAGUUUUGGGUGCUGCGGACCAAUUGAUGGAGUUAUUCCUUCAAUUACUUCUGAACCCAGACAAUGCGUUGAUUGAAGAAGACGUAUUGAUGGCGAUUUCCGCCGUUGCUGCUGGUGUUGGUGAAAGAUUUGUCAAGUAUAUGCCGGCAUUCUUGCCAUUUUUGACACAGGCCUUACAAAAUAAUGAACUGCAACUGUCGGUGGUUGCGGUUGGGUUGGUUGCCGACUUAGCGCAAUCUCUUGGACCCAAUAUUGGUCAGUAUUUGGAGGGAUUUAUGAAUUUGCUUGCGACUGAUCUUAGUUCGGAGUCUUCGCGAAGAAACUUACGUCCCGCCAUCAUCCUGUGCUUUGGUGACGUCGCGACCUCGGUUGGAACAAGCUACCAACCCUAUCUCAAAUUUACUAUGGGUUUCUGUCAGGAAGCUCAACGGACUGAGGCGCCUGACUCUCUGUUGGAAUCGACGGAGUAUAUCGCCAAUUUGCGCGAGGCAGUUCUUGAUUGCUAUGCCGGUAUUGUUACUGCCUUUUCGACUUCACCGGGGGAAAUUUCUGAAUUUAUCAGUGCUAUAUUUGAAGCCAUCCACCAAUUGCUGGCCUACGACGAAUCUGCUGUUCGAACUGCUGUUGGGUUACUUGGUGAUAUUGCCGCAAUGUACCCUCAAGGGCAUCUCCUUCAACUUUACCUGCAACCAUGGGUUACUGACUUCAUUCGUCAAACGCGCCUGUGCCCUUAUUUCGAUGAAAAGACUAAGGAAGCAGCAAGAUGGGCCCGAGGUUUGAUUUAUCAAGAGGAUGUGAACCCUGGACUUGCAAAGCUCAGUGCGAAUGACUAUUUGGUUCUUGCGGGGACUCUUCAUGGUAUGCAUGCCAUUGCGCUGAAGUUGAAUUCAUCGAUUGAUCCGAAUUACCAAUCCUCCUCCAAUUCACUGGCAAGUUCGUUUAACAACCAGCAACUAUUGCAAACGGGCAAGUUCCAAACGCUGAAUUCCAACAAACUGGGUCUCAAACUGAUCGAGACAGAACUUUUCAACUUGUACGUUUUUCAACUGUUGACUGGAAUCAAAUUUAUCGUGGUGACGACAAGUAAUCCUGCAGUUCAUAUGGACGAAGUCUCUAGCAAAGGCGAACUUUCGAAGCAAUUCCAGCUGGUCUCUGAAGUGUAUCGCAAGAUUUAUGCAGCCUAUAGCGACUAUGUCAUGAAAGAUCCUUUCUAUUCACUUGACAUGCCUAUAAAGUCGCCCAUGUUUGAUCGUAGGGUCAAAGCAAUUGUUCAAUGA